GGCGACAUCGUUCCCGCGCAGGCCCGGCCCGGCAUUCUGCUGUCCCGAGCAUCAACAUACGCCCCUGAAUCGUGUAAGUAAUCCAGGGGAACCAAUGACCAUACUGUGACUGAAAUUCCCCGCCUGAUCAACUCAACAUUGGCACUUCCGUUGGCAAAGGAGCUAUCAUUUUCGUUCCCCAGGAAAGUUUGUCAACCAGCGCUCACUUACCGUGACAGCCCUCGGCUGUAUAGUAUCCCCGAAGCCGAGUCUUGAAAUCAAAUUUCGAAACGAAGGGUGCCGACUUGGUGAUUGAUCGGGCGGGUAUAAAGCACAAUUUAGUAUUAGCAGAUUCCUACACGAUGUCAUCACUCAUCAAUGGUGUUGCGCUGUACACAAUCAAUGUUGGGACAACUGGCAAGUUCGUCACCUUGGUAGACGGUACGCCUCGACAAUUCAUUACUCUCCGUGAUGACACGCCAAAGGGGCAUGAACAACGCAUUUGGGAGGUCAAUUAUAAUCCAAAAACUGAGAGGUUGGUCAUGAAGAAUCCAGCAACCGGGAAUUAUGCUGCGGCCAAUGACAUGACUCACUAUCUUGUAGGCGACAAAAUGCCGCAAUUGUUCAAGUUAGUCGUUAUGAGACAUGACGAGUCAGGUGACUGGGUUGCCAUCCAGGAGGAAGAUUCUGACAGAGUAUGGACUGCUUUCGACAGGACUGAAGGGUCCAAGGUCCAGACUAGAAUCACUAAUCCGAAGACCAGUUCCGCAAAUUGGUGGUGGUUCAACUUAUUGCCAGGAGUUGAGUCAGAAGCGGGGCAGACAUCGCUGGCGAGGGGAAAGGUUGUAUGAGACCUCACUUUGUUCUGGGAGCUUUGCUUUGAAGAUAGAAUAAUCGGUCUUGAAUGGAUGAACGUGAGUCAGAACAAUAGCGGUUCGAGGACUUGACUACGUCAUCGCAGAACUCGCAUCCAGUCUGUAUUUCUAUUAAGAGAACUGAAGACCGAACUUGUGCAAUGUGAUGCAUCAGUACGAU